ACAACCAAAGGUUCAUUGCAUCUUCCUCGUUUCUCCAAUGCAUUUCUCCAACUGGAAGAAGAAGAAGCGUUACUUCAACAAAAUUUCGUAUAUAAAAGUCUCCACCUUUGUCUUCACAAUUCACAAGGCAUCCGUUUCUUCUCCUUCUCCGAGCUCUCGCAUCGCUUUAAGCGAUUCUCUCUUUCUCUCCGCCCCUCGGCGUCGGAGUUUCCAACAGUAAUAUCUCGUGGAAGAGUUCCUAUAAUGAUGAUGGACCUGAAACGAAGUUAUGAUGUUGAAAAAAUGGUGUUACCGUCCUUAAUGGAAGAUGAUGGUGAUGAUCAUGAUCUAUGGCCGCUUAAUGAGAUUGACACAAGGAAGUCGAAAUUCCCAUGCUGUAUUGUCUGGACUCCUCUCCCUGUUGUCUCUUGGUUGACUCCCUUCAUUGGCCAUAUUGGACUUUGCAGAGAAGAUGGAGUCAUUUUGGACUUUGCUGGUUCUAACUUCAUCAAUGUUGAUGAUUUUGCAUUUGGUCCUCCUGCUCGGUAUCUCCAACUCGAUAGAACCAAGUGUUGUUUACCAAGAAACUUGGGUGGACACACUUGCAAGUAUGGGUUCAGACACACUGAGUAUGGGUCAUCAGUUACAUGGGAUGACGCACUGAGCAUGACCACUCGUAGCUUUGAGCAUAAAACCUACAACCUCUUCACCUGUAACUGCCAUUCGUAUGUUGCACACUGUCUGAACCGUCUUUGCUAUGGCGGCUCUAUGGAGUGGAAUAUGGUGAAUGUUUUUAUCCUCUUAAUGCUGAAAGGGAAAUGGAUUAGUCCUUCAUCAGUUGUCCGGUCAUUUCUGCCAUGUGCUUUGGUCACAUCUUUGGGCGUAGCGUUCGUCGGCUGGCCAUUCUUGAUCGGCCUCUCCUCAUUCUCGAUACUACUCUUCGCCUGGUUCAUAAUUGCUACUUACUGUUUUAAGAACAUCAUUUGUUGAAGCAGUAAGAGAGAAAUAUAAAAAU